AUGCUGGUCCUUCCAAACCAAACGGUCAGCAUCUACACGAGGCUUUGGUGUGUCUACGAGGCUUUCUUGGCCAAUUCAUUGCAGAAAGACAUCCGAACGGCUCAACGGCGCCAUGAGGGGCUCUGGUGUCUUCUACUGCGAAGUGCCUUUGUGUGA